AUUCACAUAUACAUUCAACAACAUAAUGUUUUCAACAUUAUAAAUACAACAUGAACUAUAGUACAUAUUAUAGAUUAUUUAGCUUAUUAUACAGGCAAACUGUGCUGUGAUCCUUGGUCACACCCAUCAGUUAGUAGCCUUAUGUAUGCAACUUUUCUCCUACUAGCUCACGUUGAAGAAGUGCACCAAGUGCCCUUUACCCUCCACCUGCUGCUAUAAAGUGUGAGAGAGAGCACCAUUCAGUUCACAUGGCUUUUAUACACAUAGCCCACAACAUGGCUAACAAACAGACAUUCAUUUGGAUUGGAUUAUUGUUAUUUACUUUGGUGGAGUGGGGGACGUGUUAUUCUGAGGAGGAACUUCAGGCCAGCUACUGGAACAACAAGGCUAGACAGGCGCUUCACACAGCCCUCAAUGUCCAGCCCAAUCUGCAGAAGGCCAAAAACGUCAUCCUCUUCUUGGGAGAUGGAAUGGGUGUACCCACAGUGACCGCAGCUAGGAUCCUCAAAGGGCAGCUGGCAGGGCACACAGGUGAAGAAACCAGUUUAGUCAUGGAUACCUUUCCUCACGUUGCCCUGUCUAAGACAUACAAUGUAGACCAGCAGAUGCCAGACAGCGCUGGCACAGCCACAGCAUACUUGUGUGGAGUAAAGGCCAACUAUGGGACUCUGGGUGUCACUGCAGCAGUCCAGUUGUCCAACUGUAGUACUUCCUCUGGAAAUGAAGUUACCUCCAUCCUACAUCGCUCCAAGAAAUUAGGGAAAUCAGUGGGAAUAGUUACCACCACUCGAAUCCAGCAUGCGUCUCCUGGAGCUGCUUACGCUCACACACCCGACCGAGACUGGUACUCAGACUCUGACCUGACCCCUGAGGCUAUAGAAAAUGGCUGCCGGGAUAUGGCCUACCAGCUGGUGCACAACACAGAGAUCGAUGUAAUCCUCGGUGGAGGACGUCAAUACAUGCUUCCCAAAGAUACACAAGACCCAGAGUAUCCAAAGUCAAAGGGCGAUAGAUUAGAUGGACAGAAUCUCAUUGUGGAGUGGCUUAAGAAUAAACAGAAAGCUAAAUAUGUCUGGAACAAAAAAGACUUUGAUAAGGUGGAUCCUAAAAAUACUGACUUCCUUCUGGGGUUGUUUGAGCCAAAAGACUGUCGUUAUGAGUUGGAUCGUGAUCCGAGCAUGGACCCUUCUCUAACUGAGAUGAUGGUGAAAGCUAUCCAGAUUCUAUCCAAGAACCCCAAGGGAUUUUUCCUUUUUGUGGAAGAUAAGGGUAGAAUAGAUCAUGCCCACCACGCAGGAAAUGCACAACGAUCCCUUCAUGAAGCAGUUGAGUUUGACAAUGCUAUUGGCCGAGCAGCUGAACUCACCAAUGAGUUUGACACCCUGACUGUAGUCACCGCUGACCACUCCCAUGUCUUUGCCUUUGGGGGACAUUCUGCCAGAGGGAAUUCAGUUUUUGGAGUGUCUCGCAAAAUAGCUGAGGACAAUAAGCGUUUCACUAUGGCUGUGUAUGGAAAUGGUCCAGGAUACCAAAUUGGUGCAAAUGGAACCCGCCCAGAUGUAAAUGAAACUCUUACACGUGACAAGGAAUACUUGCAGCAAGCCCCUGUCCCGCUGAACUCAGAAACCCACGGCAUUGAUGAUGUGGCCAUCUAUGCCAAAGGCCCCAUGUCCCAUCUUUUUCAUGGAGUCCAAGAGCAGAAUUACAUUGCACAUGUCAUGGCCUAUGCCUCCUGUGUAGAGCCCUAUGAAGAGUGCAGACUCCCUGAACCCAACCAUGCUGCACCAGUUCACUCCAGUCUGCUACUGGUUGUUAUGGGUGCUUUGAUUUAUUUCAGCACUUUUUAA